CUGCCGAUUUCACAUUAGGGCUUUUCAACAUUCGCGCCUAUGCCUAAUUGGAUAAUUGAAGUCCCUUUCUGUAUGCUGUGUUUCUGAUACACCCACACAAAACCAGAGUGUGGUUAUUCACUUGGUCAAUGUGGUGAAUUUGCGAAAUUCACUUUACAAGUGUUCGUGGAUCCCAUGACUAGUUCCCAAGACCUCGAUGGUAUAGGUAUAGCAUCAAUUUGUAGAACGGAAAACACAUAGCCAUUAAUGUGCAAUCCACUUAAAUUGAUCUGUAGGAAUUGAGUAGAAUCUUGACACCCAUCGAUACUCAUUCUUAAAUCUCCGCCUAUGUAACUACUCGCAGCGGCUUUGAUGAAAAAAGGAUGAGUUAUAUAAAAGCGUAAGUAAGAGAGACCAGACAUUAUAUCAAAUAACCAGGUUAAUUACUGUCUGGGAAGAGAUCAACGCAGACGAAACCAAUGAAAGAUAGUGAAGGAAACUUAGUCACCAAAGAGGAAAAACAAGGCAAACGAUGGGCUGACCACUUCAAAAACUCUUGAAUCGACCACCACCGCCACCUGCAACUCGUCCAGAAAUGCCCCCAGCAACGGCAGAACUACCAGUGAACACAAGCCUUCUGACAAAAACAGAAGUCCUGAAUGCCAUAAAAUUGCUGGAAUUCGGGAAAGCAGUAGGACCAGAUGGAAUUCGACCAGAAGCACUGAAAACAGAUUCAGAGACAACAGCGGACAUGCUCACACCACUUCUAUUUCUGAAGGCUUGGAAGGAAAGGUACCUGAGGAUUGAUUGGAAGGAGGGUUACUUUGCCAAACUCCUCAAGAAGGGAGACGUAAGCCUUUACAAGAAUUGGCAAGGAAUCAUGCUGCUGUCCACCCGAAGCAAAAUACCAAGCCGCGUCAUCCUGGAGAGCCUAAAAGAUGUUCUGGAUUCAAAAUUACGGCCGGAACAGACUGGCUGGCUGGCUGGCUUCAGGAAGAAUAAAUCAUAUGCAGAUCGAAUUUCAACGCUAUGCAUCAUCAUAGAACAGAGCAUAGAAUGGCAGUCAACUCUACCUCAACUUCAUCGGCUUUGAAAAGGCCUUCGAUAGUGUCGACUGAGA